UUGCUGCCGAACCCGGUGACAAGAGCCAAAGGCUUUCGUUCCGAGUGAUGACCUGCACUGAAUAAAGCGAUGACGGUUAUGUGUCCCCUGACUGGCGUGCUGUAUCUGUCCCUCAUUGAUCAGGGGGGCAAAGGUUGCACCUUAUCAGCCUGAGCGGCAGUGUGUAAGAGGAGAGAAUGUCACAGUAUCAGGACAGUCAGACGUCUCGGCAUGGCGAGGAGAGCACAGCUGCUGAGCUAGGCAUGCCACGAAGGGCUCUGCUGAAGCUGACGUACCCCAGAAUCAUGCGUUUCCUCCUGCCGCUGGCACUCAUCUUCCUCUUCCUGUACUUCAGCUCCACCAAGCUCCCAGAUGCCGACCUACACGACUGCAUCAUAGACGGCAAGCGGUGCGCGGAGAUCCAGAACGACGUCAUCGCUAAGCAUGAACUGAAACAGGUGGAGGGUGUCGGGUCCAUGAAGGAAGAAGCCACCUACAUCCGGGUGAUAGAGAACUCCAUGAGGAACUGCAAGGGGAAGAAUUUCCAGAUUGGAAAAAUGCUGCAGUCGUUUCACAACUGUGUGACGGACGAGCAAGAGAUCUUACUGGAGCAUUACCUGCAUGGGUGGAGGGAGCUGAUAAAGUUCAUGGACUCAAUGGGUACUGUGUUUACUUUCAUAUCACAAGAGACCCUCUCCAAAAUUGACAUCCUUCAAGGGUAUCUAAAUGGCAAGAAUGGGAAGAGCUACAGAACGAUCAGGUCCAUGAUAAAACACGAACUGGACAACAGUGUGGUGAACUUCAAGGAGCUGCCAUCCAACCAGGUUCCCUCCGGCUGCCGUACCCUGCUACGCAUGCACCGGGCCCUCAAGUGGUUGGAAGUUUUCCUCUACAAGGUUGGCACCAGUUCUGAACGAGGCAAGACCUCCGAAAUUUGUGCUGAGGCCUACCACAAGACCCUGGCUCACCACCAUAGCUGGUUCAUCCGGCAAGUGGCUGAGGUGGCUUUCCUGGCCAUGCCUACUCUGGAGGAGAUGUACAAGGUGGUGUGCGUCCAAGAACACGAAGAAGCUAAAGUUGUCCUCUUGACCACCACAGAAGUCUUAGUCAAAGUCUACAACAUUACACAAGAAUUCUACAGUGCGAAUGAUAUGUUGGACCUUCCAUGAGCGUGGGUUUUGGAGGAGAGAUACUUGUUAGCAGAACAGUAAUGAGGAAUGGAGAUAGGUGGUUCACAUACGUCCCGUUCCUCUAAGCAAUGUAGAAAUUGCCCUGUAUGAAUGCAACAAAGCAGUAAGGGCAAUGGAUAAUUUUGCACUACGAUGGACUAUUCUCAAGCUCCAAGUGUUUUUGGUUUAUCUGUGUAAUGGGUACGACGUGCUAUGGCUGGCUGUGGAAAUGUCUCACUCCAUACCUCCCAACCAUCCUGAUUUUGGUGGGACAGUCUCACCCGCGGACCACAGCGACCCACAACUAGGGAAGGGAAGGUUGGGAGGCCCCCUCUCAACUGCAUGCGUGCAGAAUCUAUUCACAACAGAGAGGGAGUGGGGGCAUGUCCAGCAACGCACGGAGCACUAGGCAUGCCCCCACCAUGAUAAAAAUUGGGUGUGGGUCCUGUUUCAGUACAAAAGUAGGGAGGUAUGCUAUAAUGUACAAAAGUGAUUGUCAGAUGUUAUAACGCUCUUCCUACUGUAACUUCCUGGGAUCACAGAAGCUCCUGUGAAGUUCUGUGAUCGGGUAAAGGCCAAGCAAGUCUCAGUAGGCCUAAAAAUUAACACUAAGGGGUCCAUUACGGCUCAUGUUGUCCUGACCCUGAAGCGAUGACCUCAAAACUUACCAAUUCCAAACGAUGACAUCAUAACGUAUUUUCUUUGCAGGAAUUUAUACUCCCAAUUGUCAUCCUUGUGCACCCUACAGUCAUUAUGAAAUGAGAAACCGGUUUCCUUUUGUCUUGAGCCAAUAAAUACAACAUAUACCGCCAUAUGGAUAUACUGUAUAAUGACAAUGGAAAUAUCUGUUGCCAUGAGUUACAGUGGCUUAUUGCAGUAUUCUCUGCAACAAUUUUAUAAAUAAUCCCCAUUAUUUUCAUUUUGUGUAAAACAUCUCUAAUUAUAAUUCACCAGUGCAAUAUAUUAGCUUAGUUUUGCUGAAAUGUGUUUCCCCCAAGGCUCCAUCUCUGCUAUAUAUUGUUUCCUCGUUCAUCCAGCUUUGCUUCCAGCCCAAAGACACAGUGUGGGCCAGAUAACGGGUGGGCUGGGCCGGGGGACGGAAACACUGCAGUAUUGUCUCUGUCCUACUGUAGGUAGCCUUGUCUGUCCUGCUUCCUGGGGCUGCAACAAAUGGGCAUUAAGGCCGUAAGCAGCAAUGCUGUAAAGCAGUCCCGUCAUACGCAAGUGCCCCCUGGGGCCACGUUAGCGAACAUGUAAAUUUUAGGGGGCAGCACCCAAUUACCUUAUACGUGCAGCUUCAUCCGUACACACCAUGAUGCAUUUUAAUACAAUAAACAGUAGAAAAUGGUCUUACAA